UUAAAUAAUUGGAUUAUUAUUUUUAUAACGUGGAAGAACAUAUUUCACUACAGUAGCAGUAACUUAGUAACUUUAUACUAAUAUUUUGUUAGCAUUUUAUGCUAGCAGUAACUAUCAUUUUAUGCUAGCUUAGCGUAACUGUUUUUGUUCCAGCUAACAGGAUAGUUACAUAGAUAGCCAAACCAUAACGUUAUGUGGUGUUAACUUCUCUUUGUCGAUGGUACUGGCUAACAAAACCGAUUGCUCCUGAUGUUAUGGCUAAUAAAACCGAUUGCCCCCGAUUGUGAAAAUAAGGUUAGCUGCUGAAUGAAAAAUGUAAGCUAACCUAGCUAGCUACAUAUCAAUCGUAUGCUGUUGCCAAAACACCUCUAGAUCAACUUAGUAGAUGUAGGUUUUGAUUAGAUUCAGAAUAUCACAUGAUCUUCAUCUUCAGAUAUUAAAAAAUUAUAAACCAUAGUUUUGAAUCAGCACCUUAAUGACAAGGUCGAGAGGUUUCCUCAGGAGAAGGUCCAGUUCAGAGCUCGUCCGCUGUCUGAGGAAGCAGAAUGCCUUACUGAAGAUCCUGGUUCAGUUUUCUCGUCAACACUCAGAAGAUAAUAAGCUACUUGAGAGAUUCCUCACUGUUGGAACAGCUUUACUGGAAAAGUGUCAGCAGCUCAUGGCCAACGCCAAUAAGACUGAUGUGCUGUCAGAGCAGCUAAGUGAGAAAGAAGGAAAUGAGAUGGACGCAGUGAGUAUGAGGAGAGAGAGCACCAUGUCCAGUUACUCCAGAGAGAUUGAAGAAAUGAAGAACGAGUAUGUGCGCCUCUCAACUAGGUGUCAGUAUUUAGAGAACAACGUUGCACAGAAAAAGGACUCCACUACAGAUGAAUGGGCCUCACCCAACACCACAGUUGAUCUCCAAAACUGCCUCCGUGAUGCCUUGGAGAAGAACAAGCAGUGGCUGGAAUAUGACCAGCAGAGAGAGGCCUAUGUAAGGGCAAUUCUGGCCAGAAUGUUAUGGCUGGAGAAGCAGCUGAACGAAGCAAAUCAGGCCCGCUCACAGCAGCACAAUGAGGACCAUUCAGAUGAGAAGGAGCAGAUGAGGCAGAUGCAGAGGUAUUAUGAAAGUGUGUUACAGAGGGCCAAAGACCAGCUGGAUGUGCUCAGGAAGGAGCUCGACGUGGCCCAGCAUAACUUGAUAAUGACCCAAAGUUGGUGCAAGGAAAGGGAGAGUGAGGUGGAUGAGCUCAAGCAACAGCUGCAGACUGAAAAUAUGAACAGAGAAAGUGCACGGGAAGAUCAUCAUUACUCUGAGGAUGAAGAGCACUGGCUGACUGCUGUGACUGAAGACCUUCAGUACAGACUGGAUGAGGAGGAGCGUGAGUCAGCUAGCUCUGAGCUGCAGUCCACUCCCUUUGAAAAGUUUCUGUUAGAUCGUCACCGUGCUGACCAGGAAAGGAUUGCAGACCUAGAGCGACAGAUCAAGAUUUCUUCGCAAGAUCUGGAGGAUGAGAAACAGGACUGUUUGUAUUUACAGAAGCAAAUGGUCAGGAUUCUGAAGACGCUAAAACCUAAAGACCAUGUGACGAAGCAGUCGAAGAGAGACUGGCAGGAUUGCACCUCGUGUGAAGAGGCAUACCCACCCUCCCUGCGCUCCAGAGAUAGUCUUACAUCCUCCACUCACAGCAGCUCGCUGAAUGAAAGCUUCCUGGAGUGUCCCGGCUGCCGGUCCCAGUAUCCCGCCAGUCACCACAGAGAACUGAUGACCCACCUUGAAGUCUGUCUGGACUAACCAGGGGUACAAGUUAUCUGAAUAAACUACAGUUGUGAGUUGCAGAGGUGCUUAUGAUUAUUUUAAAUUAACCCCCAAAGCUUUGGUUGGCUUUAAAGUUCUUCCUCACUCAAUUUUUUAGCUGUGUUAGUGGUUCUGUAGAUAUACAAGGUCCCUAAAGGAUACUGCUAAUGACUCAUCCAGUGAAAUAUCUCAACAUAUAUGAGAUGUAUUGACACAGCAUUUGUUACAGACAUUCAUGGUCCCCACAGGAUGAAUCUUACUUUGCCUCUACCACAACCAUGAAGUUCACAAUUUUGAUUUUGGGUCAAAUAUCUUGAGAAUUAUUGGAUUGAUUGCCUUGAAAAUUAAAUUCUACUGAAUUUGGUGGUUCCUUGACUUUUCGUUUCACAUAAUUUCCAGCUCAAAAUUUUAUUGUGCCCAGUAAUUUGGUUUAUGACAUUAUACCCGCAAAACCAAUGACAUUCCCAUCAGCCUCAGCUGCACUUAGUGCUUACUGCUGAUUAGCAAAUGUUAACAAGCUAACAGGCUUAAACGGUGGUAAUUAUUUCCUGCUAAACAGCAUGUUAUCAACAUGUGAACAUAGUGAUGUUUGCAUUUAGCUCAAAGUGCUGCUGUGCCCACAGAGCUGCUAGUAUGGCUGUAGACUAUACCAUUUUGUGAAUCCUGGGAUAGUGAAGGAAUGA